UCGCGAUUCUCCGUCGAGAGUAAAGUGUGUCGAGGUCUUUUCACGGACAGUCGUCGUCGGGGCCCGUCCGUCCGUCCAUCCGUCUGUCCCGUGCAGCCGCGAUUGCACACUUCCUUCUUUUGCCAAUCUCUUCUUUCUCUUCUCUCUCCUUUUUUUUUUUUACUACCGGUGUCGUGCCUUCUCCCCGCCACAAUUGUCACUCUCGUUCUCUCUCUUUCUCUCUGUUUCUCUUGCCGCUCUCGACGCACCAUGCAUAACUCGCCGGCGCUCUCGCGCGACAAUUCUUAGCUAAAAUAGUUCGGCGCCGCGUCUCUCGUGCCCCGGGUGUCGCGAAUGCCGUCCGCGACGUUGUGACGAACACGUUACCGCCGAGGGAUGCCAUCCGCGGGAUAAACCUUUCCCACUUCCCUUAGAACGGAGAUGUCUUCGUCAGCGGUCCUGAGCUUAUGCAUAAUAUGGAGUCUAUUCGCCGGUUCGAUCUCGUACACCGAAGAAAUCGUGCAUUAUCGCACUUACCCGUACGGAUACAGAAACUCGUACGUUUCGGCAACGAAAGGAUGGCCGCACACCUGGGAUGCCGGACCGAGCAGAUCGAACAGGCCGGUAUACGCUCGCAGGGACACGCAAGUACGCCCGUACACGCAGCUAGUGAAGGUGGAGCACGAGCAGAGCGACCCUUUGGUGACUAUUAGCGAGACCCUGGGCGCUCUGAACACAGUGGGCAACUAUAUCGUCAAUAUGACAAAGGGCGUCGAGAUCACGGAUUAUCCGCCAAAGGAGCUGCCCUCGGCCUUGUAUACCAUCUCCAAAAAUAUUUUAGGUCGCAAUGUAACAGACAGCAUAGCGCCCUUAGUGCGCGGCGUUGCGUUACCUCUAAGACAAACGAUCGCAUCCCCCACACAAGCGCCGUCGGUCCAACAACAGCAACAACAACAGCAAUUGUCCACGGAGGAACUCGCAAAUAGAGACAAAAAGUCCGUCCCAUCCGUGUGCACGACGGCCGAAGGUGGAUCCGGCAAAUGCCAAGACCUCAGCAAUUGUCCGCAAUUGCUGCUCGACCUCAACAAACUGAGACACUCGUUCUGCUUCAAGAGUCUGUUUGUGCCAGGAGUUUGCUGCCCAGUGGAUAAAAUCAGCAAUCCCUCCAUUCCGAGCACCACUGGAAGUACGAAUCCUUCUGGGAUCGACGUUGGACACCCUCCACGACCGACGACUCGGCCUACGAAAGCCCCCACACCACGGCCGAUACCGUUAUACCCGGUGACAUCCUCGACUACGAGACCCAUGGCGCAUAUUGUUUCAACGCUGGACUCGUUCAACAAUACAAAUGGCUUCGAGACAAUAGCGACGAUCGACAACAAUUUUAUUCAAGACGACGAGGAGUGCGGAGUGACGAGUUCAGGUAGAUACCGAGUGGUCGGGGGUGAGGAAGCGCUACCUGGCCGUUGGCCCUGGAUGGCGGCGAUCUUCCUUCAUGGCUCCCGGCGAACAGAAUUCUGGUGCGGGGGAUCGUUGAUAGGACCACGUCACAUCCUCACCGCCGCCCAUUGCACGCGUGAUCAGCGACAGCGGCAUUUCGCCGCCCGCCAGUUCACUGUGCGUCUCGGCGACAUCGAUCUAGAGAACGACGACGAACCCUCGUCGCCGGAGACUUAUGCGGUGAAGGAGAUUCACGCGCAUCCAAAAUUCUCGCGCGUUGGUUUUUACAACGACAUCGCCGUCCUCGAGCUCACCAGACCCGUAAGAAAGACGCCGUACGUGAUACCGAUUUGCCUACCGCAGGCGCGAUUUCGCGGGGAACCGUUUGCCGGCGCCAGACCGACGGUCGUCGGCUGGGGCACCACUUACUACGGCGGAAAAGAAAGCACCGUUCAACGACAGGCGAUUCUGCCCGUGUGGAGGAACGAGGACUGCGACGCGGCUUACUUCCAGCCGAUUAGCAGCAACUUUUUGUGCGCCGGUUACAGCCAGGGCGGUAAGGACGCGUGUCAAGGUGAUUCAGGUGGACCGCUGAUGCUGCGGGUCGAGGGUCGAUGGACGCAAAUCGGUAUUGUCUCGUUUGGCAACAAGUGUGGCGAACCCGGCUACCCUGGUGUGUACACGCGUGUCUCCGAAUACGUCGACUGGAUUAAAAAUAAUAUCAAGUGAUAACGCGCGCAAAGUUAUGCGGCAGAAUUGUACUUACACUACCGCUCAAAAAUAUUUGCUCAUCUUGAUUUUUGUAUGUUCUUUUAUACGCCUAUAUUUUAAUUUUACUUAUUUAGUUAGAAUAUUUUCUUUACAUAUAUAGAUAUAGAAAAUAUGCUCAAACAUGGUUUCUGGAAAUUUUGAGCCACUGAACAGUAUUAUUAUCAAGCCUAACAUCUAGAAAAUUAGGAAAGAAGAUUGAAAUUUAUUUUUGUUUGUUUAAUUAAGAAAAAUAAAGUAGCAAAUAUUACUUUUGAACGGUAGGGUACGUACGUACUUCUAAAAAAUGAUACAUGCAUACAUAAAUACAGAUUGAUAUAUAUUUUGUUAAAAAAAAAAGAAGAAUUGAUAAUAUAUCCCUUGUAUAAAAUUGAAUUUCAAUAUCACAUAUUGUCUAUAAAAAAUAGGCGAAUUAAAAUAUGUUAAAAAGUAUUCAUUUCUGUGAAAUUGAAUACUACAUACAUUCUCAAAAUCAGGAAUUGAUAUAUUUUCUUUUUAAUUUAUCUAUUUCUUUACAGAUUUAUUUUAAAAGGGUACUUGAAGAAAUUUUGGUAUUCUAUAUCUAUUGUGCCAAGGUGCUUUAAUAUCUGCAAAUUUGCAUAUUUGCACUUCUUUUCUUUUAUACUUCUGAAAAUAUUAAGUAACACAUUCCAUCUGUAAACGCACUCCGUUAGAUCGUUAACUACUUACGAUUUUAGAAAUGUCAAAAAAUGUAAAGCACUAAACGUUUGCUGUUACAUUAUUUUAAUAUUUUAUUACAUUUAUAAAUGUACAGCUGUAUUCUCUAAGUGAGUAUAGAAAUAUUUAUGGCAUCCAUGUUUUUGUGGAAACGCACGAAUGUGGUCAUAUGUAUAUUCAUUGAAUAACGUAUCAAUUUAUAAAUAAAUUGUUAUCAUUAUACAUACGCGUGGCCCAAUAUUUAAUACGUAUUUUUAAAAUA